AUGGACGUGACAAUCCAAUUAGUGGCUCGCUACAUAACAGAGGCAUUAUUAAGUUUUGGUAUCACGAAUUCUGGAGCAUGCGCUUUGGUUCCCGUGGAGCUCUCGAAAUCCUCACUGCGACACUUCAAACGCAGCAUCUAUGAUCCUUGUUUAGUUUUCAGUGGGAUAGGGAAUAGAGUGGCCAACGUGUGUAGAUUUGUCAUCAUGAAUAUAUCUACAAGUCACGAAAGAAACUUAAAUGAUCCAAUUCCGUUUCGAUAUGAUUCCAUUUCUCCGCUCAAUGAAUGUCAAACAAAAGAAGCUAAAAGAUUAUGCAUUUUUGAUGUGGCUUACAAAUGUAACGGUCAGAAGUAUGACAUAGGAGGAACUUUUUCUGGUGAUAAGCCGGAGCUUCACUUUUAUUACACGAUUACCACCAAGUUAUAUCACUGCUAUAUUAUAAAUCUUUUUGUAUUUUAUCGUUCUGUGGGAGCAUUUGUACUUGGUAUCAGUAAUAGCACUAAAUUUAGCACUCAAGAUAUAAAUACCUCAGAUGCUAGUGACUACUUAUUCUUACCUCAAGAACUGAAAUGGAAAACAUUUAGAUCCAUUGUUCCCAAUGAGAGCCAUCACAUUAAAUCAUACUGCUUUUCUAGAAAUGAUCUUGAAAUCAUUGCCGAUAAGGGACUAUGCAUUCCUAUUGAAAUAGAUACAAACCCACUAUGUCUAUUGGACAUUGGAGCUGUCCGGCAGAUAAAAUCAAACCAUAAUUUGUCUGAGUUCCUCCAAAAAGAUAAAAAUUUUACCAUCAUAAGCAUGAGUGGAAGAAAAUAUGAAAUAAAUAAGAUUGUGCUACUGGCUCACAGUCCAGUGUUGAGAGACAUUGUUAGGAACACAAAUUCUAAUACCCUGAUGCUUGAUAUUGAUGAUAGUAAGAUGGAGAUUCUAUUGGAAUAUCUGUAUACAGGCACCAUACAAGACAUUGUGCCACAGAAACAUGACUCCAUAUUUGGCUUAGCCGAACAAUUCCAACUAGAUAACCUUAAGAUACUCCAGAAUGUGAUCUGUGAACAAAUGAAUAUUAAUAAUGCAAUUGAUUUGCUUGUGUUAUCAGAAAAACAUAAUCUGUACAAACUUAGACAGGAGGUGUUUACAUUUAUAAAAGAAAACCCAGCGGUUCUGGACAGUGAGUCUUGGAAGAAUUUGAAAGAUUUAGAUCUCACUAAGAAAAUAUUCAAAGAACUGGCAUUGAGUCAAAAAAUGCAAAUGUAA